GCAACACCCAAAAUACCAACCACAGACGACCAAGUCCCGCCAAGUGUAGCAGCGAGCCAUGGACCCCCAGCCGACGACGACAGUGCCAUCUUCGCCACAGGCAGCGAGUCCGCGACCAUCGUUGGAAGGCGCCGUCGUGACGGGCGACGUGGCUCUGCAGAGCCCUCGCCUCUCGCGCGCUGGAUCGCGCUCGUCGAGCUUCCCACCGAGCUCGCCCGUGGCUGCCGAGGCGGCGCCAUCGCCAGGAUCGCCGCGCAAGGUGUCUAGCUUCUCGCGCCGGACAAGCUUUGCUGUCGAAGACACGACGCCCAAGUACGAGCAUCCGUCGGUCCCUACCGCGCUGCGCAAGGCGUUUGCCGACGGCGAGCAAGGCAGCGUCUUCCAGUUUGUCGAUCAAGAGGGCAAGUACAGUGACGACGACGUCAAGCAGCUCGUGCACGACCUCGAGUCGCUGGACGUCGCGUACAUCAAGAAGAUCUACACCGAGUCGCUCCUCUUUGACAAGGCGGCGCAGGCGUCGCUGACCAACUGCUCGAUCUCGCCGCUCGACGAAUUCGACUCGCUUCUCUCGUCGUCGACCGAGGCCAUUGACGCGUGGCGCGCGGCCGGCUACGAGGCCAUCAACCGCGGUGAGGUCGCCGCCAUGCGCCUGCUCAAGCUCCAAUCGAACGCCAAGGCGUCUGGGCACCUCCCGACCGAGCCAUCGAUUCCGUUGUAUGUCAUGACGAGCGAGAUGAACCACGCCGCGACCACGCUCUUCUUCGAAACCAACAACUACUUUGGCUUGUCGCCGACUCAAGUCGUCUUCUUUCCGCAAGGCACGCUGCCGUGUCUCACCAAGACGGGCCACAUCAUGCUCGAGACGCCGACCAAGGUCGCGCGCGCGUCGGACGGCAACGGCGGCGUCUUUGUCGCAAUGCGCAAGCACGGCGUGCUCCAAAACAUGCUGGACCGCGGCCUCAAGCACCUGCACGUGUUCUCGGUCGACAAUGCGCUCACCAAGGUCGCCGAUCCCGUCUUCAUCGGCUAUUGCAUGGCCCAGAAGACGGACGUCGGCAACAAGGUCGUGUGGAAGACCGCGCCGGACGAGAAAGUGGGCGUCGUCGCCAAGAAGAACGGCAAGUACUGCGUCGUCGAGUACAGCGAGCUCGAUGCGGCCAACGCCGUUCUCGUGGACGAAGCUUCCGGGAAGCUUGCGUUUGGCGCGGGCAACAUUUGCAACCACUACUUUAGCGUACCGUUUUUGCACCGCGUCCUCACGACCGUGGACCUGCCGUUCCACAUUGCGAUGAAAAACAUUCCCGCGGUCGCGCUCGAGGCUGGCGACAAGAAGACGCUGCCGGGCAUGAAGCUCGAAGCGUUCAUUUUCGAUAUUUUUGCGUACGCGACGUCCAUGGCGGUACUCGAAGUCGCGCGUGAAGACGAAUUUGCACCCGUCAAGAACGCGAACGCGUCGCUGAGCUCGGGCUACACGGCCGACUCGCCCGAGUCGGCCAAGUUUCUGCUCUCGGCGCAAGCCAAGCGGUGGGUCGAGGCCCAAGGCGGUGACUUUUCGCUGCACCUCAUCACGAAAGGCGCGGUCCUCAAGCGUGGGCAGCGCAUGAAGCGCUGGACGCCGCGCGUGCUCGAGUUUAACGCAGCGACCAACACAGUGCGCACGUACAAGGCCGAGAAGCCGGGCAACGCCAAGACCUCGAGCGUCAUCUCGUGCCAGCCGUACGCGAAAGACGUUGACAGCUUUGUGUGCCAGCUCGGCAACGGAAAGCGGCUCAAGCUCAAGUGCGAUUCGGCGGAGGCGCAAGGCCACUGGAUCGCGCUCAUCCAGGAGGCGCUGCGUCCGGACGUCGCCAACACGCGGCUCUGCGAAGUGUCGCCGCUCGUCUCGUACGAAGGCGAAGACCUCGCGCACCUCGCCAAGCGCCCGUGCACGCUGCCGUUCUACCUCUCGGAGGUCAACAACCGCCGUCUCAGCCAGCGCGCCAUGUCGGUCGACGAGUACGUCUCGACGUCGUCCAUGAAGACGAUGGUCGUCAAGCCGACCAACAAGAUUGCGAUCGUGUACGAGCCGAUGCCAGAGAUCGUCGACGCCGACGACGUCCUUGUCGACACCAAGUUUGUGGCGAUUUCGCCGCUCGAUGUCGACCGCAUCGCCCAGAGUGAUGACACCAAGUACAUGCCGGGCUACUCGCUCGCCGGUGUUGUCCAAGCUGUCGGCUCCAACGUCACGUCGUUUGCCAAGCUCAACGCAUCCAACGACUGCAUUGCGCCCGUCCCGCUGAGCAUGCCGUUGGAUCUCGCCAGUCAUGUGCCGUCGACGGCCUUGCUCGCGACCGCGUUCGCCGCGGCAGUCCAGGCCGGCGACCGCGUCGCGAUCGUUGCCAACCACGGCGACAUUGGGUAUAUCGUGGCGCAGCUCGCGGCCACCCGCGGCGCCGACUGGAUCGGCGUCGUGUCGGCGUACCCCGAAAAGUUCACGGGCUUGGACCUCGCCGUCUUCAAGUCGAUGGCGGACGUGAAUGCCGCGUGCGCCAAAGAGAACGCGGGCAGUUCGCCCAACGUGGUCCUCGAUGUCGCCAAGAGCGUGGCCACGGCGCUGGCGCUGCCGCCGUCCUUCACGUCAUCGCAGCUCGUCGACAUCAUCGAUGCGAUCGCGAGCAACACGCUGCAUUUCCCGUCGACGCUCGUCACGGAGAAGCCGUUCGACUUCUUCUUGCACGCAAACCACGCGCUGCUCUCGAGUGCGCAUGUGAGCGUCGCUCUGCGUCUGACGCCGCCCAAAUUGCCGGACGACCUCAUUCGGCGCCUCGAGGAAGCCAAGCAGGACCAAGUGCUCAAGUUUUACCGCGACAACCUUCUCUCGCACAAGGAAAUCGACCAGCUCAUCCACGAUCUCGAGUUUCUGGACUUUGACCACUUGGCGUCCAUCUUCAAGACGUCGAUGACCAACAACCAUGCGCCGACGGGCGUUCUCGAGCCGCUCGACACGGCCGACGCCGUCACAUCGACGCCCGACGACGUUCUCGAACAGUGGGCUGCGACCGGUAUCUCUGCGAUCGCGCACAACCAGGUGGCCGCGCUCGUGCUAAGCGGCGGCCAAGGCACGCGGCUCGGCUUCUCGGGCCCGAAGGGCAUGUACAACAUCGGUCUUCCGUCCGGCAAGUCGCUCUUCCAGCUCUUUGCCGAGCGCAUCGUCCGCCUCCAGGCGCUCGCAGCGCAAGCUGUCCCGGAUGCGACCCAAAGCAUUCGGCUGCCGUUCUACGUCAUGACGUCGGCCAUGAACCACGACACGACGGUCGUCUUCUUCAAGCAGCACAGCUACUUUGGCCUGGACCCGGCCCAGCUCAUGCUGGAAAGCGCUGGCAAGCUCGCGACCGCCUCGGAUGGCAAUGGCGGCAUCUACACGGCGCUCGCCAAGUCGGGCGCGCUUCGCCGCAUGGAGGAGAGCGGCGUCCAGUACCUCCAUGUCUUCUCGGUCGACAACGCCAUGUGCAAGGUCGCCGACCCGCUCUUCAUGGGCUAUUGCAUCGAGAAGGAAGCCGACUGCGGCAACAAGGUCGUCUGGAAGGCGCGCCCGGACGAGAGCGUCGGUGUGGUUGCCAAGCGCAGUGGCAACUACUGCGUCGUCGAGUACAGCGAAAUGGACAAGGCGACGAGUGAGCUCCGUGAUCCAAAGACCAACGAACUCGUCUUCGGCGCGGCCAACAUUUGCAACCACUUUUACACCUUGGCAUUUUUGCGGGACGUGGUCUUGCCCCACAUGAGUCUGCAGUACCACGUGGCGCACAAGAAGAUCCCGAUGGCCGACGAGACGGGCGCGACGGUGACGCCGACGACCAACUCGGGCGUCAAGCUCGAGUCGUUUAUCUUUGACGUCUUCCCGCUCUCGAAGCGCAUGGCCGUGCUCUCGGCGCCGCGCGACGACGAGUUUGCACCCGUCAAGAACGCACCCGGGAACCCCGUCGACUCGCCCGACUCGGCGCGGCGAUGCUCAGCGACCAAGCCAAGCGCUGGCUCACGCCCCACGUGCGCCGCCCCGAGAUGCUGCAGGCGCUGGCCUUUGUCGAGAUCUCGCCGCUCGUCUCGUUUGCGGGCGAAAACCUCGAGGCCUACGUCGACGCGCUCACGCCGACAACCACUUGCCCACUGCGUGCCCACUGCGCUGCGCCAUACGCUGCACGAGUUCAACCAAGCACAUGUCCUUCGGUUCAUUGACAACGGAACCAUCUCGCGCUACGACGCCGCGCUUUUGGUCCAGGACCUCGCGUCGAUCGACUUGGAGCACCUCACACGGAGCUUUGAAGCGAGCAUGGCACCCGCUGCAACGGACGCCGGCGUCUUGGAGCCGCUGACCACCGAGGUCGACGCGCUCGAGAGCUCGAGUGACACGGCGGAAUGGUGCGAUGCGGGUUUGAACGCGAUCCGAAAGGGGCAGGUCGCGGCGCUCGUCCUCGCCGGCGGCCAGGGCACGCGACUCGGCUUUGACGGGCCGAAAGGCUUGUACGACAUUGGUCUUCCGUCCCACACGUCGCUCUUCGCGCUCUUUGCGAAGCGGUUGCGCAAGCUGGAGCUGCUCACGAAUGGCCGCAUUCCGUUCUACGUGCUCACGAGCGGCCUCAACCACGAGGCGACGGUCACGUACUUUGAGCAGCAGUUGUACUUUGGCUUGUCGCCGAGCCAAGUGGUGUUCUGCCCCCAGGGCACACUGGCCCUCAUGCUCGCGAGUCACGGCGCGUUGAGUCGCGCGCCGGAUGGCAACGGUGGCGUCUAUCGCGCGCUGCAGCUCAGCGGCGCGAUCAACGACAUGCAAGCGCGUGGCGUGCAGUACCUCCACGUGUUCUCGGUCGACAACGCCAUGUGCAAGGUCGCCGACCCGAUGUUCAUGGGCUACUGCAUCGCGAAAGGCGCCGACUGCGGCAACAAGGUCGUCUGGAAGGCGCGCCCGGACGAGAGCGUCGGUGUGGUUGCCAAGCGCAGUGGCCGCUACUGCGUCGUCGAGUACAGCGAGAUGGACAAGGCGACGAGCGAGCUCCGCGACGCGGCGAGUGGCCAGCUUGUCUACGGUGCGGCCAACAUUUGCAACCACUUUUACUCCAUGGAGUUUCUCCAACGCUGCUGCAGUGGCGAGCACAUGAAUACGUACCACGUGGCACACAAGAAGAUCCCGCACGUCGACUUGACGACGGGGCUUGUGGUCGACAAGCCGUCAACCAACACGGGCAUCAAGCUCGAAACGUUCAUCUUCGACGUGUUCGGCCUCGCGACCAAGAUGCAAAUUCUGGCCGCGACGCGCGAGACAGAAUUUGCGCCCGUGAAGAACGCGGCGGGCGCGGCCGUCGACUCGCCCGGCACGGCACGGACCAUGCUCUCGGAACGAUGCAAGGCGUGGGUGGUGGCGGCCGGUGGCUCGUUUACCAACGCGGACGGCCUCUGCGAGAUUGACCCGCUCGUGUCGUACGACGGCGAAGGCCUCGAGAACUAUGUGCGGGCGCCGCUGACGCUGCCUCUGUACGUGACACUGCCGACGACCAAGGUCCGGGCCAGCUCUAUCUCCAAGCCGCGCCCGAGUUCCUCGAGCACGCCGACCGGCACCGAUGAGAUCAAGCCUAAGAAGAAGGACAAGUGCGUCAUCAUGUAAGAAACGAGUGCAUAGGAAGAACUUGUAGUGCAAAAACAACAUGUUAUAUACAUACAUAAUACCUUUGCAAAUAUGAUGAUUGCGUGACGAGUC